AUGUCGAAAAAGGAAUCACCCAAAAAGCAAACACCAAAGAAGGAAGUGACCGUCAAGACAUACCUGGAAGACUCAGUCAACCAUAACCAUGUCCAGACUCAAGGUUGCUGCUGCGGCAAACAUCUCCCCGAACCCAACUCCCAACACCAAGAAUCCCAACUAAAGCACCAGAAGCGAAUUUCUCUCCUACCCCAGUAUCCAAAGAAUUCAUAUCAGUACGAAAGGCAACCGUUUCACAAAAAGCCUGCACUGCACCAGGCGCCAGAUUUACCGCGGUAUUCGCAGCCCGUGAAGCUGAUACGGAAACAGGAGCAGGAGCAGGGCCAGAAGCAACAAGGUCAAAAGGUGGAGAAGGACAAGAACGCGAAGUCAAAGUCUCAGGAGAAGCCUCAGCAGAAGAUGCAGUUACCCCGGAAUCCAACUCAAGAGCAAAUUCGCCGGUAUAGGCUUGAGCGGUUUUAUGCUGAAUGUGAAGCUCCGCUUGAGACACAAGAGCAGUUUCCGAGCUGGCCACAGUACCCAUAUACUUCUAACCAGAAUGAGAGGGACGAGAAUCAAGGUAAACCCUCGGUGGAGAAAGAUUGGAUCGCACCAAAGAAGGAGACUACGGAUCUGCCCCGGUUUCCGGUAGCUGCAUACGGUGGACGGCGGCCUUUCAAAAGUCAGGGCCAGCUGUCGACGUCUCGAAUUCAGCCUCCGCAGGAGAAACCGGAACAACAGUCUCGUAGCUCUGAUAACAGGUCAUUGAUUCCCGAGAGCUCAAGGUCGUCUUCUACAUCUGAUGCGGAGUCGAGUGCCGAGUGUGAGAGUGUGUUUGGUAUACCUAAGUAA